UAAGAAAUUAUGUCUGCAUAACAUUAAAGGUAGGUGGCGGUAUGCACUGAGAUUGCAAUGCGACAAAAAAACGAAAGAAGAAAAAGAACGUCAACAGGACUCCUGCGGUGUAUGUGCGCAUGUGCAUGUGCAUGUCGAGCGCUGUUUAUGUUGGAGUGUGUAUGUUUGAGUGUGCUCCACCACCUCAACAUACUACGCACUUCACGGAACGACCGUGCAGACAACGAGAUGGCCACAGCCGCACCGAAUCCAGAAGACGCUAGCCGAAACAGCGGCGGUCCGAGCACGGCGAGCACUCUAGCUGGAGACGGCGAGUCUGAGGAGGCCGAGGAGUUUGCCUCCGCGUCCCAUUGCUCGGAACUCUCCCGGCGUCAAAACGAGCAGCGCAAACUCGGGCUCUUCUGCGACGUGACGCUGGCGUUCAGCAGUGCCCCGGGAGCCGCCAACAGCUUCGAGUUCUGCGCCCACCGCUCAGUCUUGGCUGCGGCCACGGAUUAUUUCACACCGCUGCUCGGGGGUCACUUUUCGGAGUCGGUGACGCGGCGGGUGGAAAUGAAGGAGUGGAGCAGCGAGGCAGGCCUCGACCAGGAGACGGUGGAGAGCGUCAUCCAGUUUAUGUACACGGGCGAGAUACGAGUGAGCACCGCUAACGUGCAUGAGGUUCUGGAGCUGGCGGACAGGUUCUUGCUCGUGCAGUUGAAGGAUUUUUGUGGAGAAUUUCUCAAGAGGAAGCUCAGCCUCGGCAACUGUGUGGCCGUCCAUAGCCUUGCACACAUGUACACUUUGGACCAGCUUGCCUUACGUGCUGCUGACAUGAUUCGUCGUAAUUUCCAUAAAGUCAUCCAGGAUGAGGAAUUUUACACGCUUCCAUUCCAUCUGGUCAGAGACUGGCUGUCAGACGCAGAGAUUACUGUUGACUCUGAGGAGGUUUUGUUUGAUGCAGUAGUCAAAUGGGUUCAGAAGAACUCAGAAGAACGGGUGAAGUAUUUUGAGGAGCUUUUUCGUCUUCUCAGGCUGCCACAGAUAAAGCCAACGUAUCUUACAAGAGUUGUGAAGAAUGAGCCUUUGGUCGCGCAGAAUGCAGCCUGCCUACAGCUUGUGUCAGAGGCUGUGGAGGGUCAUGCGAUCCGCUUUGAGAACCUCAAAUCAGCAGAUACAGAGUUCUGGGCAUCAUACAUGGCCACAUUCCAGCCAAGAUUUGGCCAGAACAUGGAUGUCAUCAUGGUGGUUGGCGGAGUCUCUGAAGGAGGUGACUACCUGAGUGAGUGUGUAGGGUACUUUGUAUACGAAGACCGUUGGGUCAAUUUGCCACACAUCCAUAACCAUCUGGAUGGUCACGCUAUUGCGGCCACUGAUACCCAUGUAUAUGUGGCUGGGUCCAUGGAGCCAGGAUUUGCCAAGACAGUGGAGCGCUACAAUCCAAAUCGCAACACUUGGGAACAAGUGAGCAACCUCACCACACGCAAGCAUUCCUUUGGCCUCACCUGCAUCAAAAAUAUUCUGUAUAGUAUUGGCGGUCAUGGCAACUUCAGCCCUGGCUUUAAAGAUGUAAGUGUCUAUGAACCUGACCAAGACAAGUGGCACAACCUAGAAUCUGCUCCUAAGAUUUUGAGAGACGUCAAGGCUAUUAGUGUCGAAGAUCGAUACGUUUAUGUCACAGCACGGACGCCCAUAGAUACUGACAGCGAUGAUGGAUUGAAGACGGUGACUACUCGCUAUGACACUGACAGUCGCCAGUGGCAAGAAGUCGAUUCCUUACCACUUAUUGACAACUACUGCUUGUUCCAAAUGGCUGUAGCAUCGACUAACUUUUACCACACGGCUUCUUGCUGUCCCAAGAGUUACACUGAUGUACGUGACGAUGUAGCUCGUCAGAAGAUCAGCGCAAGGAUAUCUGAUGAUAUUCUUGAGAGCCUUCCCCCAGAAGUUACUAGUAUUGAGGGUGCUGCCAUCUGCUAUCUUGGUGAUGAUGUGUUUGUGAUUGGUGGCUGGAAGAACAGUGACGAUGUGGAUAAGCAGUAUCGCAAGGAGGCGUACCGUUAUUGUGCUGAGCGCAAACGCUGGAUGCUUCUGCCACCCAUGCCUCAGCCACGCUGUCGUGCCACAUCAUGUCACGUUCGCAUUCCCUACCGCUUUCUAUACGGCUGUCAGCGUUACCCAAUGCCUCAAAAUUUGGCACGCCAGAGGGACCGUAUGCAGCAAAUGCAACAGUUACAUCGGCGCACAUUAACUCUACGCAGGCAGUUACAGUCACAGAUUGAAUGCUGAGAAAAAAAAAAGAAAAAAAAAACUGCUGCAAAAUCAAAAUAAUGUAGUGUCUUGAGCAUUCUCAUGAUCCCAUACUUAUUAAAAUGUGUAUUAUUUGUUUACUUGUGACAUUUCAUCACUGGGCGAGUGAAUGAAAUGGCUGAAGCCAGUAAAGAGAGUAUUUUCAAUGUGACUUUGUAUAAUGAAAUCAUAUAAAUAUGUAAAAAAGAUACGUUUGUAAAUAUCUGUACAGAUGAAAUAUUGUUUCAUGGCCUUGCAUGAAUUUGCCAUUUUUCCCAGCUGUAAUCAAUCAGCAGUUCAAAGCUACUCAAACGUUUUGAACAAACCAUUAAUAACUACAGAAAGAACCACUGCAUCUUUAUUCCCUUCACUUGUAAAUUACUUGUUUCUGGUCUUAAUUGUGAUGAUUUUAUUUGUCUUGCACAUGUUUGUCAGUGCAAUUCUUUCACAUUUUUUGUGUAUGUGCAAUGCAUUCUUCACAACUACAAGCACUUAAUUUCAGCAUUAGCCCUUGUCUUAAUCUUUAUUCUUAUAGUUUAAAUUGAUUAUUUUUGUUAUUUUUUUCAGCUUGAAAGCACAGGGAAUAAAGACUAUUAUGGCAUCAGUUAUUGACAAAUGAAGCCUACACUGAAUAUAAUUGCAAAACCAUAGAUGUUCAGAAUAUAGUCAAGGAUUCAUUACCUCAGUGUCAAGGGCAGGAUUCUGUUACUUAAAAACAAUUUGUCAUUGGUUUUGCUGUCUAUGCCAGUUUGAGAUCUCUCAGCUUGAUUUAAUUAUUUUCAUUCAUAUAUGUGUUUAGCAACCUCAUCAGCUUGUGCUCUGUCAUGCAAUGCCUGUCAAGAAUUGUUAACAUUUCCCGUCAGUCAACUGUAAUUGUCCAUUCCAAUUUUAAUAAGGUACCUGCAUCCAUGUCUUUGUUACAUGUAUAACACUAUUUAUAAAAUAUAUAUAUUUUAUUGGGAAUAUUUUUUUCUUUCAUCAACAUUCCCUCUUUGUAUUUCCUCAGUCUUUUUGUUCCCGGUCUUUUACAUAGAUGUCUUAUUACAAGAAAUCUCUGUGCAUUUCACAUGGGUGAAAUUUUUUCCAGUGAUCAUUGGCACCAUCUAGACCAGAAAACAUUUCACAAUGUUUGCUUGAAGAACAUUUAACUGUUACUGCACUCCAUACCAAAGUCUUUAAGUAUGCCAUCUUAGAUUAACUAAUUUUACACUUCAAUGUUAAAAUCUCUACACAAUGCAAGAUAGAAAUGGCUUUGACAAUGUAUCUGUAGCUCUCGUCUUGACUUGUGUGGAGUUCCAUAGUCAUUUCACACGGGGAAAAAUGCUGUGAGACAUACAUUGAUCACAUUAUUAAGCCUUUUUCAAACAUUUUCCUGCAUAUUGGAGACUGUAGAAUCUUAGAUAUUGUAUUUACUCAAUGGGAAAUGUAGGUUUUGUGUCUCUCAUGUUGAGAUGUGGUUUAAUAGUGUUUAAGAUCUAUAUCAGUUUCUUUCCUUCUUGCACAGAUAAAGAUUGUGUAUGUAUGUAUGUAUGUAUGUGCGUGUCCAAAGUGUCUAACAAUAAGAGUAUCAAGGCUGAGAUGUUACCUUGAACCCGCUCUCAUUGUUGUAAGGGUGUAAAAGUAUUUUAGGGGUGAAUAUAGUUCUUUGCAUGUGUUGUAAAGUAUGCACAUGUUGUGGAUCUCAGUGAUUGCAAUACAUAUUUAUUAAAAAUCUGAUAUUGUCCAA